AAUAAUAAUCAAAUUAGUUUUUCUAAAUUUCACAACCAACAUGUUUAGUUGUUACAAGCAUUUAUAGUGGAGUGCAGUGACAGAGAAAAGCAGUAAAAAUAGAAAAAUUUACUAAUAAAUGAGCACCAUUCAUGGUGAUGGGUUCGGUAAAAGCACAAAAUCCCAGCCAAGGCUUACCUUACGAGAAAGCUCUACAUACACUUUUUGCUUUAUCUGCAUUCAAAAGUUACACAAACUGGAAAAUAUCAAAUGAAGUUAAAUCCGCGGGAAAAUUUGAUGAUCUCGGCUUUGAAUCGGAUGAAAAGUGCAUGUGGUUACAAGCAAAAGUUCAAAGUGGUAUAAAGUGCACUAAAGAUUUUAUGACAGUCAAUCCCAACAAAAGUGAUUUCAGUAUAGCAAAGUAUUUUCUAUCUUCUUUAACUUUUAAGAAAUCUUGUAAAAGAACACGUAACUCCUUAAUACUAUGUACUGCUGCUGAGAUGAAAGCUGCUGAUAUUAUGGAUGAAUUUGGUCCCAAAACAAAAAGCAUUGCUGAUGAUAACUUACAGAAAAUUUUUGGUCCCGGGACAAAAAAGUAUAAACUUAAAAAUCAAGAAGACAUCGCUGACAAGCUUUUAAAAAUCAUAAAACAAUUUCAAGGUAGCAUUAGUAUUGAAGAAACCGAUAAAGAAAAAAAAGAAUGGAAGAAUUUGGAAAUCAACAAAGAAGAUAUAAAACUUUUCAUUUGUUUUUUUGUUGUUGUUAAAAUUAAUCUAGCGAGCAUCGAAACGUUAAUUAAAAGCAAAUUAAGUGAGCUCAAUAACUGUCUGAAGUUUAAACCUUCAAAUUACGAAUAUGUAAAACAUCAUGUCGAAAAGUGGUACUAUUUAAAAAUUAAUAAAUUUGUGCAUAUGACAGAAGACUAUCUAAUGUAUAUUUUGUGUGGUGAAAACAAUCAAAUCUUUCUUCAUAGGUUCGUUAAUCUUGAAAUUUAUUUCCAGAAAAAAACAUUAUAUCAAUUUGAUUCAAAUAUUAUUUGUGUCCAACCGCAUGAUAAUAUCGCUAUGCAUUUAUUAAAAAUUUUUCGAAGCAUUCAAAUUGCAAAAGGGUUAUAUUUAGAAGAGAAUACAUUAUGUUUAAUGCAAAAAAUGGAAAAUACAUUACAUAAAAUGAAAUAUAUAAUGCAAUAUGAAGUUAUAUGUGAUAUGAUAAACACAUUUAGAUGUUGCGACAAAAUUAAAUACUUGAUUGUUUCAUUCCUAUCACUUAGUCAAGAUCAAGCAGUAAAACUGUUAAAGGAGAUAUCUGAGUAUAUGGCUUCUAGGAAAAACUCAAAUAAAAAAGUAUUUAUAAUCAUUAAAGAACAUCAAUUCGAAAUGAGUGAAAUACCAAUCCAAAUAUUUAAGGAUGAAAUAUAUUUCAAUUCACUAGAUACUGAAACAAAACAACACAUAUAUGCCAAAAAAAUUCAGUUUCAAGGAGAAAUUGUCACAUUUAAUAAUUUAAUUACGAAAAAUAUAAACACUGAACUUAAUGAAUAUGAAAAUGAGAUAGAUGAAUGUCUUAAAGAAAUAAUAUUUAGCGAAGAUAGUUACUCGAUAGGUUCUAAUAUGCAAGCCCAAUCAAAACGUGAGGAAGUCUAUGUUAAAAGACGCCUAAUGGCUAACUCGGGAGAAUUUACAGAAAUAGAGUUUUUCGAAAAAAUAGAAAAAAAAAUAGUUGUUGUUACUGGUCCACCUGGUGCAGGCAAGACAACUUUAUUGAAACAACUAGUUUCACUAAAAAAAGACCAAGACAGUAAAUUCCAAAAAAAAGUAAAUUCCAAAUUGACAUGGAUAAUUAAUGUUGAUUUAAAAAAGUCUAGAGAAUUUUUCCGGACUGACAUCAAGAAAACCAUAAAUAAUCUAUUGUGUCACAAUGAAAAUAUAACUCCUGAUAGCUCUUAUUUCGAAGGAAAACUUAUUGAGUCUAUCGAUAAAAUUUUGAUUAUAGACGGAAUUGACGAGGACUGUUCGGAAGAUAUCGAAGAAUUACUAAAACUAUUAGCAGAUCUUAAUUCCCUCCAGGCUUUGAAUAUUUCAUUGGUUAUUAUGGGUGCCAGAGAUUACGAUUUUAUCUUAAACAGAUUAAGAGAUUUACAUGGUUGUGAGUUAGUUACAAUAUCUCCAUUUUCACCUUAUGAACAGUCUUUUUUUCUCAAAAAAUAUCUUAAACAGUUAUUACUUGGAGAAAAUACUAAUAAUGAUUUAUUUAAAAAGAUAACAAAUUUUGCUCCAGCAUUUAAAGAUAUUUGUUCAACGCCAUUAUCGCUAGAAAUGGUUUCUAAAAUAUUCAAAAACAAAAUAUCUAAAGGUGACUCUAUCGGAUCUUUUUCAAAGGCUUUUGAUAAUGUUACAAACAUAUAUGAUUUUUAUAAUCGCUAUUUACAAGUGAUCAAAGACGAAUUUUUACAAGAUGACAAAAGAUUCCGUAUUGUGUUUGACAGAUACUAUAUAGAGUCGUUAAAAAAAUUUGCGGCUAAGAAUUUGUUUUCUAAUUUUCCGGACCUUUUAGGUUUGCUUAAUGUUGAUGCUAAUUUUGAGAUAAGUGAAGACAUUUUAAUUAUUGGGCUAUUAAAGAAAUCAGAUGAAGGGUAUGCAUUUGUUCAUAAAACUUUUGAGGAAUAUUUUGCAGCAGAAUUGCUAUGGGACCGCCUUUAUAAACAGAAACAUAAUCAUGAUUUAUUGCUCAAAGUUCUUGAUAAAGUAUUUUUAGGUGGUUUAUAUGGGUUAUAUUUUAAAUUUACAUAUAGAGGUGUUUUGGAUUUUUUUGAAAAAAUUCUGGAAAUUAAUCAAAAUCAUAUAUCUGAAGUAUCCAUUGAAUACAAUUCGGCACUUACUAAGGUAAAUUGGGAAAAAGAUAUAUCACAUUUAUGUGAUUAUAAUUACUUCUUUAUCGUUAAAUUAAUUUUAGAUAAUUAUACUAAGUCUCACGAUAUUUUAAAACUCAAUUUAUUUAGCGUACGGCUAUAUCACAGUUUUUGUAUAUAAA